AUGGAUGGAAACCCAGACAGAGGCAUCAACGAGAGCGAUAGGAUUCGAAACCUUCACAAUGGUACUAAGCGCAGAAGCGGCAACAAGAACAGCUCUUCUGGAGACGUUCGUAGAUCCGAGUAUGAUCCCUUCUUGCAUUCACCAAGUCAGCGUCGCUCCCCAGAUGGUUUCCCAAGGCUCUCAGGCAACGAUCAAAAACCCGGGCCACCCUCUGACCUUGCUCUCGGUUUCUGGAGUCAGGGAGUCGCAAACUGGAGAGCGCUCCAGACCCGUUCAAAUGGCAGUAAAAAAAAUAGCAAUUCGACCGCUCUCAUAAAAGAGCCUAGCAAUCCUCCUACGGCCAGAGAUACCGCCGGGUUCGCACCGACCCACUCGAGAGAUCAGUUACCUCGCUCUGGAGUUCAGUCUUUCGUGGAGUCCGACGCCAUUUCUGCGCCCCCAUCUGGAGUGGAUCAUCUAGCUCGACCAGUGCCAGAUUCUCCCGUCGCCGUGUUUGACGAGAUUCCCGAAUACAAACAUGAGCCACUCCGUCCUUCGCCAGGGAAGUUCAUGGGGACUGCGGCUCCUGACGUUGGAGCGAGUGACCAACCGUCAGAACUUAAAGCCCAGACGCUUCCCAGUAUCAUUUCGGCAAGGGGAUCGAAGUCUCCCACAAAGUCUUGUGGCGGCAAGGAAUAUGAUGCAUCAAAGGGCGCUGACGCUAUGUCAUUGCACGCGGGACGUUCAGGCAGUACAGUCAUGUCCCAUGUGGAGAUUGAGGAUGGAGAAACCAAGCAUGCCAUACUCACGGACCCAGCGCUUAGUACCAGCGUUUACUCUAGUCGAGGCUGGGGCUCAGGACUGUCUCUCCAAAAGCAACCGUUUACACCGCCAAAGCCAUCUCAAGUACCCAAACACGACGAAUCGUCCAGCGCUAAGGCUACCCCACACUUCCCCAAGCCUCAGUCCGUUACACCCAUCACUCCCACAAGGAAUCCCAGGAUUCGGCAUCCGAAGUCACUCAGCGCAGAGGCUGCAGCAUUCCACCCUAGGCUGCCCUCAAGGUCACCCACUACACCGACGAGGUCUUAUGGCAAUGGCGAUGGAAAGUCAGUCAGCUUUGGAAAUGGGCAUCCCAACACUGGCUAUGUAUCAGUCAUGCCGAACACGCGGUUCGGGCAACGAAGCCUCUGGCCUCCCAGACAAACUAGUUCAGGAACGCCAUCCGUCCCAGUUGAAUCAAGUGCCUUCCAAGAUUCGGGAGGAGGAUCCCAAUCGUUUAGCGACCCUCAUUACCCGGAGCCACAACAGCACACUCCGGGAGGGCAAGGACAGUAUUUCGAUAUCCCAGUACUAAUGACGUCCCAAAUGCCAACCCAAUCUUGCCAUUCUCUCGGCCCAAACAUACCUCCUUUUCCUUCUUCAAUCCAUUCUUGUAACAACAAUAUGAUUCAUUACAAUGCUCAGGUUUAUGGACAGGGCGAACAAAACGCUGAAUACUCCCAAUCCAAUCACUUCGACUCUUACCCCCCUUCUCAAGUUGCAAAUGCUGUUCCAAAUGCCGCCGAUCUUCACCAGAACGGAAACAUGUAUACCCAAGAUACAAAUGGCUAUGGUCCAAGAUACUAUUCCAAUCAUACAGACCCCUCACACCAGCUCAACCAAAAUCUCUACACUCCCUUGGAACCUCAUCGAGAACCCUCGAAACCCAAUCAGAGAACUGCGAAAGAACUGUUCAUCCCAGAAGAUCUAAGGCUGAAGCUUCACGCCAGGACUGAAGCGACUUUGAGGGUUUUUGCUGUUUCGAACACGCCCACCGUUGAACACUACCACACCCUUACGCCGUUGACAAGCGUCAAUCAACAACAAAGUCAGACAUUGCGUGGAUACUCUAGCACCAUCUAUAAAGCCGUAUCUGCUAAGGACGGCAGAACUUACUGCCUAAGGCGCAUACAUGAUUUUCGAGCCACGAACCUCAAUGAGAACGCCAUCUUCGCGGUCCGCCAAAAGUGGGCAGCUGUUAGAAAUAGCAACGUCGUAUCGCUCCAUUUUGCCUUCACAACCACAAACUUUGACAGUAGCUCCCUAGUCAUUGUUUCGGACUAUCAUCCUGAUUCAAAAACGGUUGCUGAAAAGCACUUCAACCAGACUCCUAGCCGCCCUAACCGCAAUGCUCCUCCUCUCAUCUCCGAACAAACUCUGUGGAGCUACAUCGUCCAGAUUACCAACGCUCUCAAAGCUGUUCACUCUGCACAACUGGCUGUUCGAGUCAUCGAACCAAGUAAAGUGAUUGUGACCGACGAAAACCGCAUUCGCCUCAACGGCUGUGCAUUGGAGGACUUGCUGGUUAGUGAAAUACACGAUAUUGCUGACCUACAGCGACUGGAUUUUCACAAAUUUGGCAACUUCAUCCUAGCGGUGGGUACAAAUAACAUGUCCAAUUCUUCCUCUAGGGCACGAACGCCCGAUGUCUUUGCACAGAAUUACUCCAAAACUAGCCCUCAGCUCAAAAUCGUUGUUGAAUGGCUUCUGGACCAUGACAGACCGGAAAAUCAUGAGGGGAUCGACGUUCUGAUCAAGUUGAUCAGCUCUAAUGCUAUCGAUACUUUCGACAAGUCGCUUCAUUCUAAUGAUCACCUAUACUUCUCCCUUAACAAGGAGAUCGAGAAUUCUCGCCUUGUGCGCCUAAUGACGAAACUCAGCUGCUUGAAUGAGCGACCUGAGUAUGAAAAUGAUCGGACAUAUACCACACAAGGGUCUCGCGCAGUGCUGGGCCUGUUCCGCGACUACGUCUUUCAUCAGGUCGAUGCCCAAGCAAAUCCUGUAGUGGAUCUAGGUCACAUCCUGUCUUGCCUGAACAAGCUAGAUGCAGGCAUUGAGGAGCGGAUUGCUUUGACAUCAAGGGAUGAGCAGUCCGUGAUCGUGGUUUCGUACAAGGAGUUGAAAGGGGCUCUAGAGGGCACAUGGCAGGAGCUAGUAAGGCGAUCGACAGGAUAG